CUGUGGACGCUUUCGCAGCAGCAGCUACACGGAGGAGCGGGACACAGAUCCUCCAUGAGGGACCAUCUCCUGCACGAAUAGACCAGGUCCUGCAGAAACAAGCGAGCACCGAGCACACACGAGAAGGAGAUUUUUUUCUUUCUUUCUUUUUUGGGGCGGUUUGCAAGCGGUGAAAUCGUCCCUCCUGAAAUGUAGCCAGAGGAGACGGUUUGUUGCGAUCGCUCGGUGGCUGCAUGGCUCUUCCCAGGGAUGCCAUGAAAAGCAGAGCAGGCGACUGACUGAGAGACAGACCGCUGCUCCUCGCUUAUCACAGACUGUGGCGGCGGGAAGUGGGGGAAGCGAUGGAUCCUGGUGGAAAGAUCCACGUCAGGUAGCGUCCACGAAGAUCCAGGGAGAGCCGAACGUCUCUGUCGCGCAGUUUAGUCGCCGCCGGAGCUGUCUGAAGGAUGGAUUUCACCCUGCUCCGGAACAUCAUCAGCAGAUACUGUGUGGGGGAGGAGAACUGGGUGGACAGUCGGACGGUGUAUAUCGGACAUAAAGAACCCCCUCCGGGAGCUGAGGCCUACAUCCCUCAGCGUUAUCCCGACAACCGCAUUGUCUCCUCCAAGUACACCUUCUGGAACUUCAUUCCCAAGAACCUGUUUGAGCAAUUCAGGAGAAUCGCUAACUUCUACUUCUUGGUCAUAUUUUUGGUCCAGCUUAUCAUCGACACCCCCACCAGCCCAGUCACCAGUGGCCUGCCCCUCUUCUUUGUUAUCACUGUCACCGCCAUAAAACAGGGCUACGAGGACUGGCUCAGACACAAAGCUGACUGCUCUAUAAACGAGUGUCCGGUGGACGUGGUGCAGCAGGGGAAGGUGGUGAGGACACAGAGUCACAAGCUACGGGUGGGGGACAUCGUGGUGGUGAGGGAGGACGAGACGUUCCCCUGCGACCUCAUCCUUCUGUCCUCCAGCCGCCAUGACGGGACCUGCUACGUCACCACCGCCAGCCUGGACGGGGAGUCCAGUCACAAGACCUAUUAUGCUGUACCAGAUACCAUGGCCUUUAGAACAGAGCAGGAGGUGGAUUCACUACAUGCCACUAUUGAAUGUGAACAACCACAGCCCGACCUCUACAAAUUUGUGGGACGCAUCAACAUUUACAAGGACAAAGAGGAGCCUGUAGCGAGACCACUUGGGGCUGAAAACUUGCUUCUUAGAGGAGCCACACUGAAGAACACACAGCAUAUUUAUGCUGUUGCAGUCUACACUGGCAUGGAGACCAAGAUGGCACUAAAUUACCAGUCUAAAUCUCAGAAGCGCUCUGCUGUAGAAAAGUCCAUGAACGCCUUUCUGAUUGUCUAUCUGUGCAUCCUGAUCAGUAAAGCGGUCAUCAACACUGUUCUGAAAUACGCCUGGCAGUGGUCUCCUGACCGAGACGAACCCUGGUACAACCACAGGACCGAGAACGAACGUCAGCGACAUGUGGUGAUCCGAGCAUUCACAGACUUCCUGGCCUUCAUGGUCUUGUUUAAUUACAUCAUCCCAGUGUCUAUGUACGUAACGGUGGAGAUGCAGAAAUUUCUCGGCUCCUAUUUCAUCACCUGGGAUGAGGAGAUGUUUGACGAGGAGCUGGGAGAGGGCGCUCAGGUGAACACCUCCGACCUGAACGAAGAGCUGGGACAGGUGGAGUAUGUGUUUACUGAUAAGACCGGCACGCUGACGGAGAACAACAUGGAGUUUAUCGAAUGCUGCGUGGAUGGGAACGUCUACAUCCCACAUGCAAUCUGCAACGGCCAAAUCCUCAGCGCUGCCUCCAGCAUAGACAUGAUUGAUUCCUCACCUGGAGGAUACAGGAGGGAACACGAGGAUCUGUUUUUCCGGGCGCUGUGUCUGUGCCACACGGUGCAGGUGAAGGAGGAGGAGACUGUGGACGGCAUCAAGAGAGGCAUCCAUCAGGGCAGGCCCACCUCCUUCUACAUCUCCUCCUCGCCGGAUGAGGUGGCUUUGGUCGAGGGAAUGAAAAGGCUGGGUUACACCUACCUGAGACUGAGAGACAACUACAUGGAGAUCCUGAACAAAGACGACGAGAUCGAAAGGUUUGAGCUGCUCCAUGUCCUGAACUUUGACUCUGUCAGGAGGAGAAUGAGUGUCAUAGUCAAGUCAAGCUCAGGAGACUACCUGCUGUUCUGUAAGGGGGCAGACUCCUCCAUUUUUCCACGGGUGGUGUCUGGAAAGGUGGAACAAGUAAAAGCCCGGGUGGAACAGAAUGCUGUAGAGGGGCUGCGGACUCUGUGCGUCGCCUAUCGAAGGUUGUCGGAGUCCGAAUAUGCAGAAGCGUGUCAUCACCUGACGGAAGCCAAGCUGGCCCUGCAGGACAGGGAGCAGAGGCUGGCGCAGGCCUAUGACAUCAUCGAGAGGGAUUUUGUCCUUUUAGGCGCCACAGCGGUGGAGGACAGGCUGCAGGAGAAAGCUGCAGACACCAUCGAGUCGCUGCACAAGGCCGGGAUGAAAGUCUGGGUCCUGACAGGGGACAAGAUGGAGACGGCGGCGGCGACCUGCUACGCCAGCAAGCUGUUCCGUCGCAGCACCCAGAUCCUGGAGCUGACCAAGAAACGAACAGAGGAGCAGAGUCUGCACGAUGUUCUGUUCGAACUAAACAGGACUGUUCUCAGACAACGCUCGAUUUCUGGGUUGUCGGUAGACUGCCUCGACUUCGGUCUCAUAAUCGACGGGGCGACUCUUUCUGCAGUGUUAAAGCCCAACCAGGAGAGCGCCGGUCACGGCAACUACAGAGAGAUCUUUCUAGAGAUCUGUCGCAACUGCAGCGCCGUGCUCUGCUGCCGCAUGGCGCCGCUGCAGAAAGCACAGAUUGUGAAGCUAAUAAAAGCUUCCAAGGAGCACCCCAUAACCCUCGCCAUCGGUGAUGGAGCUAAUGAUGUCAGUAUGAUCUUGGAAGCACACGUGGGCAUUGGCAUCAUGGGGAAAGAAGGCCGACAGGCAGCAAGAAAUAGCGACUAUGCCAUCCCAAAGUUUAAACACUUGAAGAAGAUGCUACUUGUUCACGGCCACUACUACUACAUCCGAAUUGCUGAGCUUGUUCAGUACUUCUUCUACAAGAAUGUAUGCUUCAUCUUUCCUCAGUUCCUGUAUCAAUUCUUCUGCGGGUUUUCCCAGCAGCCGCUGUACGACACCGCGUAUCUGACGCUGUACAACAUCAGCUUCACGUCCCUCCCCAUCCUCCUGUACAGCCUGGUUGAGCAGCACGUCACCAUGGAGACGCUGAAGAGGGAGCCCUCCUUGUACAGGGACAUUGCGAAGAACUCCCUCCUCCGCUGGCCUGUCUUCCUCUACUGGACGUGUCUGGGUGUGUUUGACGCUGUUAUCUUCUUCUUUGGUGCCUAUUUCCUCUUUGACAACACCACAUUCACCAGCAACGGCCAGCUUAUGACCACCAACACACAGAUGAUGUUUGGAAACUGGACGUUUGGGACUCUCGUCUUUACUGUGCUGGUGUUCACUGUUACGCUCAAGCUUGCCUUGGAUACACACCACUGGACCUGGAUCAAUCACUUUGUCAUCUGGGGCUCACUACUUUUCUAUGUUAUUUUCUCUCUUCUCUGGGGCGGCAUCAUUUGGCCCUUCCUGAACUACCAGAGGAUGUACUACGUGUUUAUGCAGAUGCUGUCCAGCGGCCCGGCCUGGCUCAGCAUCAUCCUCCUUAUUACAGUCAGCUUGCUGCCAGAUGUCAUCAAGAAGGUCCUCUGCAGGGCCAUGUGUCCCACAGCCACCGAGCGUGCACAGGAUGAAGAGAAGCUGUUGCCGGGCAGCGCAGCAGAGCUGAGUCCACUGUCCUUUCGUCGAUCCUGCAAAGGCAUGAGCACGGACUCGUCUCACCUCCACCUGAGCGCCGUGGACACGCUGUCGCUCCGCAGGUCUGACCCUCUUCCUCACAAACUGCUGGCCCACCUGGCUGAAGGCGGAGGGGCGGACUUGUGCUCCCUCAGCCCCUGCAUGUUCCGUCUCUCAGGGGCAGGAUUCGCCUACUACGCUCCAGGGCCGGAGACCUCGGUGUGAACGCAGACUCUGAAACAAUGUGUACGUGAAUCUCAUGGAUGUGUGACCAAGAUCUGCAUCGCAAUGAUCGAGGAAUUAGAGAGCAAAACACACAUCAGACGCAUGGACGCUCCAUGCUGAGUUCACCAUGUGCAUUUCCUGGGCUACACCCGAGUGGACGUCCCUUUAGAUAAUAUUGUCCUCAUUUUCAUACUUGUCUCUUUUUUUUUUUUGGUUCCAGUGUAGCCCCUGUCUUAGUCUCAUCAAAGUUCCUGCUUAAACGCUUACUUGAAAAAGUGUAAGAGCUAAAAAAUGGGGAACCAUGUGGAACUUUCCUGUUUGAACUGUCAUAUUUUUUGUAUUCCUCUUUUUUUCAGUCAAAUUCUUGCCUGUUCCUCCACUUCCGUGUCCUUUUUUUUGUUGUUUCUUUGUACAUGUUUGUCGAACAAAAAAAAAGCAACACAACAUUUCUGUAUAGUACGUGGUCUGGCCAAGUAAAGGGGUAGCCGUCGAGCUCAGCCCUUUAGGUGUGCGUGCGUGUGCAUGUGCGUGAGAGUACGCAUGAAAUUGCCUGAUAUUGUAUGUUUGUAUGUGACACACCUUUGCCUUACAGGUAACCACACAGCAGCAGGCUAGGAGCCAAAGGAGAAAGGUGUUUAAAAAAAGAAAAUAAAUAAAAAGUGGUGUUUUACUAAGCCUUACACACACACACCCAUCAGCUGAAGGAGGGAGAAAAAUCUGGAGGGAUGUGCAGUAUUUUAGCCACCCUGCCUUAAUUCAUAGAUACCCAUUUUCCAGUGGAUUAUAUUUCAAUUCAAACACAUUUGUGAGAGUACAAGGAGGUUCAGAGGGCAUAUAUGUCUGGUACAGUGUGUCUAUUAUUCCUCUUUCUACUUUCUUUUACCCUCACAAUCGUGUCAAGCUUUGUUUCCCUUAUCUGUCAGUGUAGCAUGUCGGAUCCUUCUCUCUCUCUCUGCAUGCAGAUCUAUUCUUCUCUCCAUCGUACCUCAUUCUCCUUUGUCCCAGACAUCAUUUAUCACCAAACAUAUCAUGGCACUUUCUUUUCUCUUUUUUUCUUUCUCCUGAAACAGCGAGCACCCUCUGCUGCCACCAUGUGGCCACGUAGGGUAACAACAAUAACAGUAGCAGCAGCAGCAUCCUGGGACUGAUGAGGUUCUGUGAUUUGUGGAUGUCCUAAAUGACUCGCUACUCCUCCCUGUUGCAUCCUGCUUGCGUGUUUUGCUGCCAUGCUCUGUGUUAUGCAAAAACUUGAUGUGAGAAUGCUAGUGUUAUUAAGGGGUUGUCUUCUGUGUUGCAUUAAUCCAUGAGUUUUUUCUCUCUGUUGUUCUAAAAAUGAUUGAUGUCAGUCACUGUUGAUGUAUGGAUGUAACUUAAAAAAAUGUUUGCUCUAUAUUGUAGUGAGAAGGAGUGUUAGCUGUAGUUCGCUGGAAGCAGGAGGGAGACUUGAAUCGGCGAUGUCACAAUCAAAUCAAUGAGAAUGUUGAACUGAUUUGUCCAUCAUGUCCUCCAGCCGAAGAUUGUAGCUCAUUAUGGAUGAACCUCUUUUCUGCAUUUCUAACAUCCGAAAGUCGUCUUUUUUCCAAAGCAUAUCUGUCGGGUUACAUAGUGACUGACUCUGGAAGUCUUUUGAAUGUGAGAUUCUGAAGCAUUUUUGUAUGUUUAUACAGUUUAUUUUCAUACACAUCGCCAUCUGCCAACAUGUAUAGAUUUAAUAGCAAGUAUUUUUGAUUUUUUACCGGGGUACAGAUGAUUUAUCUAUUUGAUGGGAGGUCUGGAUUUAUCCCUUUUAGUUUUCACUCAAAGCCCACAAGCCUCCACGUGUUUGACUCGGGGGCUUCAACAUCCUGACCUCAGUCGUUUUCAAGGAAAGACCUUGGUGCUUGUAACGCAGUGUCCCACCUCACUGUGCCGUUGCCAUGCUGUAUCCAGGCAUUUUCUACAUGUCACAAUCCUACUACAAUAAUGCUGUAAGGUCUAUUUAACUUCCACUAUGUGAUUUGGGGGGAAUUCUUUGUAGUCAUUCUUCAAACACGUAUUCUUUUUUUAGUAGCUGAGUCCUUUCACAGCUCAAAUUUUCACGAGUUUUUUUGUCAUUUUUUUGUGUUGUCCAUUGUGAAUAUUUCUUUUGCUACUUUUGUAUCUCAGAGAGAAGACUAUAUUUUAACUGUUAGAAUGUGUGUUCAAGUUUGUAACCAAAAUGAGAGCAAAAUAUACAUUAUAUGAUUCAUUAGAGAUUUACCAAUAGUACUACACACUGCACUUUGUUUUACAACAGAUCAGUUUUACCCUAAAAACAAGGUCUAUUGUCUGUCAGCUGAGGUUUAUAGUUCACUCUUCCUCACAAGUUAUUUUUCUAAGAAGAUUGUAGUGGGUGAGAAUACAUUUAAAAAAAAGAAGUGACCAAAUAACUUGACUAGGAAUGAACUGUCUGUAGGUGUCAGCCUCUGUCUCAAUGGGUUUAUCACACCAGCCUUCUACUGCUGAUCAGAAUGUCAAACUGCUUUUUCUAAGUCCAUCAGCACAACAGCAGGUGCUCAUCCUGUCACUCCUGAGCUUGGCAAAGGUCUGAAAUGUCAACUUCUGUGCUCUGAGCAGCACGCUUCAUAUCAUAACUUUAGUAUGGCACCGUUUACUAAACAGGUUUUAAGAAAUUCCUCUUUUUUUUUCUUUUUGGAUAAAGAUUUUAAAAGUUCACUCCUUGACUUUUUGCCAGCCUGUCUGUAGCAAAUGAGGGCAAAGCACUGUACUGUCAUUCUGCUUGUAAUAAAGAAAGAGAGAAAACGA